UGUUUUCUAACGCCUGGAUUAGAAUGGGCUGCCGUGGGUCAAAAACGGAUUGCGUUCAUAUCGAUGAUUCGAAAAUUGAGAAUGGAUCUGUGGAGGUGGAACACAGCUUUCGCCACAGACGGAAGGUCCUGGACCGGGAGACUGGCAAAGUGUUCGAAGAAGUCAUACCCGGCCCAGUGUGGUCAAUCUUGAAGGGAUUGUACGCCACAUCAGCAUGUGGUGUGGUUGCUGCGCACCCAUUCAGAUGUUGUUUGCGAAGGAUAACGCAGCAUGCAGGGCGGAAAAUGCGCUCGCCAUCCAGCAAGAAGGACAUUCAGAAGUUUGUUGAUGUAUACCGAAUAGAUUUGGACGAGGUGCUACUGCCUCUAGAGAAGUUCGUGAGCAUGAAUGAUUUUUUUACACGCGAGCUGAAGCCUCUGGCUCGCCCGAUCCACAGUCCUCAGGAUGCUGGAGUUUUUGUCAGCUGCGCAGACUGCAGGGUAAUUAUUUUCCAAACCCUAGAGGAAGCGACCAGAAUAUGGAUCAAGGGCUUGAAGUUUUCCCUUGCGGAGCUGCUCGGAGAUGCCGCAGCAAAGCCCUUCCUGCAAAAGCCAGGUUGUUGCUCUGUCGCCGUGUGCCGCCUGGCGCCACAGGACUACCAUCGCUUCCACUUUCCGUGCGGCCCAGGGGAGGUGAUAGACCAAAAUUUCCUGGCCGGCGAGUACUAUUCAGUCAACCCCUUAGCCGUCAACAAUCCCAAUAUCGACGUCCUUACCGAGAACUGCAGAUCAGUGACCCGGUUGCAGCACCCUAGCUUCGGCCAAGUUGCCUUCGUGGCAGUUGGCGCCACCCUGGUUGGUUCAGUUGAACUGCUGAAAGAGGUGGGAUCAACCUUUGCCAAAGGAGACUGCUAUGGGUAUUUUCAGUACCUUUACAUUGCAUACCUUUUCUUGAGGCUCCUUUUCAACGAGUUUAAUCUCAAGCGAAAGAGUCACCGCUGGAACACCUGGUGUAAGGUAUGGGGGCUCCACGUGCGUCAUUGUAACCGAGCCUGGCGCUGUUGGAUGGGACCCUGAUUUGCUGGAUGCCUCUGCCCGUGGUAUAGAGUCCUUUGUCAAAAUGGGCGAGCAAAUUGGCCUUAGCUGCACUUAGAGACCGAGGUAGCAGGACUUCGUUCAACGCUUGAAUCCGUUGAGCCUGCGCGGGGCCAUUUUUGCUUUGUGACCGAAGAUUGCCAAGGGGUCUUGGCUUGCAUAAAUUGCCUUUUUCCUUUGAUUUUAGUUUCGCGAGAUAAGCCCAAGUUGAGUGGCAAUUCAUGUUCGAAAGAACUGUUCACAUUUUCAUCAACCAGGGCAGGCCCAGCAGUCUUUCGUCAAGUGGCCCCCACGGGCAGCUAGCCACCUUGACGCACACGAAGGGAAAGCUCUUGCGUCAACCCAAUCAGUUUGCUAAUCGGAAGUUGGACUUCUGAUUCUCUUAUGAUUAUAGUACAAGCAUUACAAUGUG